AUGAGAUAUUAUAACUCUACAAUAUUUCUUCAGGUAAAGAAAACUAUGAAUGUUAAAGUUAGAUUUGAACACGAUGAAGGCAGAUUAUUUUUUGUUAUGGUAGUAUCUAAAGGAAGAAUUAUUUGGACUGAUAAUUUUUACUCAGAUGAUAGUGGUGUGAAAAUAGUUCACAUACCUGAUAAAUAUAGAGAUGAUUUAUCGCCCUUUGCUAGAGUUAUUGUGUACUACCAUGGUCAAUAUUUAAAUGCAGAUAGUCUGACCAUUGAUUUUCCUGACAAAUGUUUAGACCAGCUACAAAUUCUCCACUACAGACCAGGCAUCACUGGUUUACCAUCCACACCAGAUGAUAAACGUAAAGUAAUACGACUGAAAGGUAGUGUCGGAAUGACUGUAGGACUAGUAGCUGUUGAUAAAUCUGUGUAUUAUUUAAAUGAUAAGAUAUCACUGACCAAAGAAUCGCUUCGUAAAGAAAUGUUGAAGAGAGACACUGGAAUCAAAACAGUUCAAAGUGAAAACGGCAUCGAAAUAUUCCGAAUCAAUGGUUUAUUGGUGCUUCAAAAUAUAGACCUAUUAGGUGAUGAUAUUGGUAGGCCUUUAAACCGUAUAGGAGAUCGUGUGUAUGUUUCACCUCAUAACAACGACUUGAUUCCUUACAAGAAAAUAAGAAGUUUCUUUCCCGAAACCUUCAUGUUUGAAGACGUAGUGCUGAAUUCAAGAGGGACGUAUAAACAUAAAUUUCUAUUACCCGAUACAGUUACUACUUGGAUUAUCCAUGCUGUGGGUAUAUCAGCUAGUCGUGGUUUGUGUGUUGCUGAUCCAAUACAAUUCUAUGCUUUCCUACGAUUUCAUACUAAACUACAACUUCCACAUAAAGUCGUUAGACUGGAACAAGUCAAGGUUAAACUUAGUGUUUAUAAUUACGACGCAUCGACAAAGUUCAAGGUUAACAUAACAGGUGAUUUGGGGUUAUGUUUUCCACGAUGGGAAGCUUAUUGUGGUUCAAUUAGAAAGGUUAAGAAGAAUGGUAUCAGUACCUGUGAAUUUGAUAUCAUACCAUUUAGAACUGGUGAUCUAGCUAUAAGAGUUGGGAUAUGGGACCAGAGUGUCACGCCGCCCGAAUUAGUUGACGCAGUAGAAAAGAAACUUUAUGUUGUGCCAGAGGGGAAAAGACUUCGGAAAACCAUAACAUUUGCUUUAGAUCCAGAAGGUAGUAAACUUCAGUCUGUGGCAGCAGAGAAAAUUGUAUUAGAUAGCGAUCCCGUCAUGGACAACGAUACACUGAACAAUACAAACGAAAACAUACAGCAAACAGAAGUAGAUUUAGCUUUACCAACAGAAAUCAUACCUGGAACAGAAUCAUGUGGAAUCCAAGCAUGUGGUGAUUUAAUGGGUGAUGUAAUAAGCACAGUUAUAUUUGAUACUGGUGAUACAUUUGUCUCAUCGUUUUAUGGUGGUGAAGAAAUCAUUGGUAACCUAGCCCCUAUAGUCUAUGCCCUGGAAUAUCUUAAUUCUUUAGAUUUAUUGAACAAUGACAUCUUCGAUAGAAGUAGACGAAGCAUAACAAAAGGAGUAACACAGUUAAUGAAGUAUAGAAAGAAGUAUGGAUCAUUUAGUUUAAAUGAAGGCUCCUUACCAUCUACUUGGUUUACAGCCCUGGUAUUAAAAACAUUGUGCCAUACAAAAAAUAUCAAGUUUAUAGACGAUAGACUGAUCAAUGAUGGCUUUAUGUGGAUUCUUGAUCAAGUGGAUGAAGAAGGUCGUCCUAAAGAAGUAGAGUUCAGGUUAUCACAGAAAAAUAAGAAUUAUACAGUAAUGUUAGCAGCAGAAAUUCUCAUUGCACAAAAAGAAUGCAACAAGUCUCAAGAGCUUGAACAGGAAAUGUUGGAAUUUAAAUUAGCUGUUUUCUUAGAAGAAAAUAUCUACUCUAUUAAAAGUCCAUUGGUAUUAUCAAAGAUGGCGUAUGCUCUACAACUAGCAGAUAGUCCAGAAUCAGAGCGAGUUAUAAAUAAAUUUAUAAAUGCUGCUCAAACAGCUGAAGGACUAACCUAUUGGUCUGAUAAUGGAGCUGAAGAAGGUGUUCCACUAUGGUAUAAGCAAGGUGCCGAUUCCUACUCUAUAGAAACUACAGCUUAUGGUUUACUAUUGUAUCUCAAUAAUCCUAACUUAGAUCCAAACCCAUUAGCUGAUUGGUUGAUAAGAAAGAGAAACAGAAAUGGUGGAUUUGUUGGUCCAACGGAUACCUCGAUUGCUAUCCAAGCUUUAGCUAAAUUUUCCCAUUUGAAACAUUCUAAAACGACUGAUUUACAUAUGGAGAUAUCUUCAGAUAUAUCUACUAAUUAUAACGAAGUUCUCAAUUUCAAUACAGAAAAUGCUAUUCAACAGAAAGAAGUUAGCAAUGUACCAGUAGGAGAAAAAAUAAGCAUCAUGACCAAAGGAAAAGGACUUGGUCAAAUGAAAGUACGAGUAGCCUAUAAUGUACCGACUACACCUAAUGAUCACUGUAUGUUUGACUUAACGGUGGAAAGGAAAGAAACCAUUUUUCCUAAACAACGAUAUAAUAAACAUUAUCGUGGUGCAUCCUACAGCGGUCCAACUAAUGUUGAAAUAGAAAUGUUAAGUGGAUACAAACCCAUAGAUGAAGACUUAGCCAUUAUAAACGAGUUGAGUGGUAAUAGUAUCAAGAAUACUAAAUAUAAAGAUGGACUAUUGACUGUUUACUUAUCAGAGGUAUCUAACAAUGCGAGUACCUGCCUAUAUUUACGAGUUAAAGAAGAUGAAAUAAUUGAUUACUUACAACCAGCACCGGUAGUAGUUUUUCAACCCUCUCGGCCAGAGGAGAUAUGUUUAAAGAAUUAUGACAUUGGUCAUUUACACCAGACUCUACCAGUAUACUGUAUUGAAGAUGAUAAUAUGAAAUAUAAAGGGAAAUGUCAAUGUUUAUCAGAAUCGUGUGGCGGUUGUAAGAAGGUGCGCCUUUUCAAUCUCCAAAAGAAGUUUUGUGCAUCAGAUGUUGUUUACAACAUAACUAUUGAUAGAACAGUUAAAUCAGAGGCAUCGAAAGACAUUACUGCUGUUUUGAAUAAGAUUCAUAAACAAGGUGACCAUGACAUUGCUGAUGGUAAAUCCAUUGAACUCAGAACUUCAUUAGCAUGCAGUUGUCCGAAUUUUAAGACAGGAGAACCAUUAGUACUGGUUGGAAAGAAUCCUAAAAGAUUUGUCAAUAGGAACAUGGAAGUUCUAUAUAGGUAUAUUGUGGACGAAACUACAACACUUGUCAACGUAACUGAUAGAGGGGGUCGAAAUUCACAUGGUAGAACCAACUUUUUAAGUGCUUUUCACAAACACCAUACACUUUGCCCGGUAGAAUAA